AAAAAUUGAACGCAAAUAGUGCCUUCUUGUAGCUUUGCGAAGAAUUCAGCAAAAAAGCCAGAAAACAAAAAAUGUUCGACUCCUACAAAUCUGCGUACGACGACAAUCUCGUCGAGGUAAAACGCGGUCUUGAACAACUCAACACCGCGGACACGCCCAACCCCCAGCUGAUUCAAUCCAUCCACAAAUCCUUCAAGGAAGCAGAGGACAGCCUGAGAUCCCUAGACCUGGAAGCGAAGUCCCUCGGGAUGGAAAAGAGGAGAGAGGUGAAGCAGUGGGUGUUGGAAUUGAAGUCCUACUCCAAGGAAUUCGACCAGAAGCUCGCAGUGAUAAAUCGAAAGGGGUUACUCGGCGAAGCCGCGCAGCAACGGGCGAUACAGAAGCGGCUGGCAGGUGAGAAUGAGCAUGAUUGCUGUUUGCUGAAUUUGAAUAACGUCGAUUCUUGUACCGACUUCCUCCUUUGCGCCUGGUGCAUCAUCUGCAAUACUACAAAAUCUCAAGAACAUGCGGAACAAGAUGAUAAAAACGACUACAUCAGCUACAAAAAUUAUCCACUACAGAAACCGAGCAGCAGAUCGAAGACGGGACGGAGAUGGUUAAACAGGCCACCCGAACCGCGAUAGAAACCGAGCAGAUAGGCAACGAGAUCUUGAACGAUUUGUCCGUGCAGAGGGAAACGAUACAAAGGACACGGGCCAACAUGGGCACGGUGAGCGGGGAACUGAAUCAGGCGGGGAGGACAAUAACAGAAAUCGAAAAACCCUGGUAUAAGUUUUGGUGACAGGAGGAGUUGCAGAAAGCGAGGAAAGCUUCCACCGCGGUGCAGCCGCACAGGAACUUUAGCCACUGUGCUGCUUUUGUCAAAUCCAAACCCUUGUCACGCAAACAGAAAUGAAAUGACAUCGGAUGAUUUUUUUGUGAUUUCAUUCGAGGUUUGAAUAAGAAAUUCUGUCUGUGUCGUGAAUCUUGCAAAUGAAUA